UAAAAAACCCAGCCAGCUUGGGCUCCUGUAUAAAUAGCCCAGCCUGCACCCCAGCUGUGAAGACUGAACCUGCACUACUGGACACACCUGGAUCUGCAUAGUCACAGAAAGGUGUCCACCCAGCUGACGCCAUGAGAAUCCACAGCCUUUUCCUGCUCUCCUUCCUUCUCCUGGCUGCUCAGGUGCUCUCAGAAAAGGUCAGAAAGAGAGCCAAGCAUGCACCACAUAGCACAGCAGAGGAAGGGAUGUCUGCGUCCUCGAGUAAGGCCCAGAAUAAGCAGAGAAGUAGGACAUCCAAAUCUGUGACCCAUGGCAAGUUUGUCACCAAAGACCAAGCCACCUGCAAAUGGGCCGUGUCUGAGGAGGAGCUCGGCAUCCACCUGAAGGUACAGUGCACUCAGGCCAGCCAGGAGUUUUCCUGUGUUUAUGCUGGUGAUCCAACUGGCUGCCUUAAACACAACAGAGACCAGAUUUACUGGAAACAAAUUGCCCGCACACUGCGCAAACAGAAGGGUAUCUGUGGGAACUCCAGGAGUGUUCUGAAGACCAGGGUGUGUAGAGAGAAAUUUCCAGAGUCUAAUCUCAAGCUGGUAAACCCCAAUGCACAUGGGAACCUGCAGCCCAGGAAGGAGAAAGAAGAGGAGCACAGCAAGGUCCAGGAGGCUUCCUCCAUGGGGCCAAACAAGAUCAAGGAGGACAUGACCCCCCAUCCAGCUGUGACCCAGGCCGUAGCCAUCAAAGAUCCAGAGUGUCUGGAGGACCCAGAUAUGCUCAUGCAGAGGAAGACCGCCCUGGACUUCUGCGGGGAAUCUUGGAGCUCCCUCUGCACUUUCUUCCUCAACAUGUUACAGGCUACAUCAUGCUAAUGAAGUCGGGGGGU